CUGUCGUAGAGGCCAGACUCUUUUCAGUUCUGCUUUCUUGACUGUCUGCGGGACACUUGCAUCCACAAUUCGCUGAUAUUUAGUGGAGUCAAUUCUUCCCUCCAUCUGUGAAAUGUUUCCCGAGGCACUGGCUGCUACACAAACCCAAAGCAGAAGAUUUCCACCCUCAGCUGUUGAUUUGUUUCCACACGGUGUGCUCCACCCUCGCUGAGCCUUUUUGCCCACCGCGCUGGCCUAUGGGAAAUGUAGGUCACACCGGUCGGCGAAGGCGUUACGCCGCGCGUCCAAAUGUACCACUGAAAACCACAUUUCCCGGCUACAGUCGGCUUUGCAGUGUUGUUAACGGAUAACCUGGGCUCGGGCAUACCGCAACAACUCUGGAGCUGAUUGCAAACAACUGGCUCGUCGUUGGGCAGAGAACACCGAUCCCUGUACUGUUUAUUGCUGACAACUGCCAGAAAUGUCAGAGACGUCAAGUGAUGCAGAGUCGUCCUGUGGCUGGACCAUUAUUAGUAAUGAGGGUUCAGAUAUUGAGACAUUGGGGUCGGAGGCUGCAGUGGAAUAUGUAGCCGAGCUGUUAGAGCGUCCUCCAGUGGAGGAAGCAGGGUUGCAGGACACACAGUCCUCUGCAUCUGGUGCUGGGUGUGUUGAAGAAAGAAGUGCGGAUUCACUUGACGAAACACUGGGAGAACGAACCAUAGAAGAGACACUAUACGUCUCCAAGGCCGGAGACAGUCCUGCAGGGAAAGAGCAUGUGUCUCUUUUGUCCUCCAGCGAUCACUCCGACAUUGUUACUCUGGGAGACCUGAAGGAGGACGAGCACGCAGACGUGGAAGAGCGCGCAGCCAACGAGGAGUUUUACCUCGGCACAUCCUGCAGCAGCCAGUACGCCUUCACUGCUGCAGAGACUGCAGGUUUGAUGAUGAGUCACUGGAAACUUCCACAGAGUAUGGUGAACUUAGGCUACCAUCUGAGAAGUCAGCUCACUGGAGGCCGCUAUUUUGCAGUUUUCCCAGUGCAGAAGCCUGCAGUGACAAACUCAAGCAGCAGUGAGGACGAGGCAGGACGAAACGCUGGUACUGUCAUACGAAGACGAAGGGUGAGGAAGAAUACCACGAGCAUCGCGACAGAGCCUGACGAGGAGGAGGAGGCGCUGGAGUCUGGUCUGAGUGAGGAGGAGGAGGAAGAGGAGGAGGUCAAAGAGGACAAGCAGCAGAAGGAGCAGGCUGAAGUUAGACCGGACUCUGCACUGGAUGUCCGAAUGCAAGGCCAGGGCAGCAGCAUCCUCAACAAGUGUAUCCUGCUCGCCCUCAUCGUAGCCAUCAGCAUGGGCUUUGGUCACUUUUAUGGCACAGUCCAGAUUCAAGAAAGACAGAAAGUCGGGGAGAAAAUCAAAGUGAAUGAGCUCGAUGGUGUGAGGGAUCUGCUUCAACAGCAUGUUCAAGAACAACCUUUCACAAACGAGAGGGGAGACUUUGGCCUGAAAGAUCUGGAUGAUCAAAAAAUGAUUUCGCUGCUCACAGAGGUGAUUGAGAAGAUAAAGAAAGAGAACCAGGAGAUCAACAUCAAAGGGGCGCACAUUCGGGCCCAGAGAGAUGACCUGGAAAUGUUGCUCAAACAGAAAGCCGAGGAGAGGACUAACAUUGUAGCUCAGCAGCAGAGGCUGACAGCUGAAAACCAGCGGCUGAAAAGCUCGCUGGAACGUGAAGAAAAUUCUUUGUCCAAGUUACAGGGGGAGCUAAGAAGCUUGCGCUCUAAGAUUAAAGAUCUGGAGGCCAUGGGAGCUGGAGCUGACUCGCUGCUGUCAGAAAACCAGAAGCUGAAAGAGCAGCUGGAGGAGGAGAAGCAGCUGAUCAGAAACUUCCACACCCAGAGGGAAAACUUAAUGGCUGAAGCACAGACAUUGAGGAAGAAGCUGGAAAAGGAGAUGAAGGUCACAGAUGAGCUGAGGAGAGAGCUGAAUCGUCUGAGAAGUCGCAUCCCUGGAGCUGGAAAGGAGGAUGGCUCAGAGGCAGAAGAGCUACAGUCACGUCUGAUGGAGCUGGAGAAGAGACUGAGCUUCGAACAACAGCGCUCUGACCUGUGGGAGAGGCUGUAUGUGGAAACCAAAGAGGAAAGAGCAAAAGGAGACACGGAGUCCAAAUUGAAAAAACCAAAAGUGGGCAUGACAAGGAAAGUGAAAGAGACAUUUGAUGCUGUGAAAAACUCCACAAAGGAGUUUGUCCACCACCACAAAGAGCAGAUUAAAAAAGCAAAAGAGGCUGUGAAGGAGAACCUGAGGAAGUUUUCAGAUUCUGUCAAAUCAACUUUUCGACACUUCAAGGAUUCAGCUUCAACUUUCAUCAACAAGGCCAGAGGCUUUUAUAAUAAGGUAUGUGAUGAGAAGAAUACAAAAGAGUCAUGGCAGCACAGAUUGCACAAGCCUCAUCACAGACACUCGCACAAAUACGAUGAGUCCUUCCGGAGCAACCACAACACUCGAAAAUCAGGGUAUAAAGUUCAUGAAGAUCGAGGUCAAAACAACCAAAGACCUAACUUGAAAGGAUGCUACGGGGUUUUUGACUGCGCCUACCAGGAGUCCAUGAGUCUCUUCAAGAAAGCCAUGGAGCCAAUCAGAGCAGACGAAUUUUACCAGCUGCUGCAGAGCUACCUGCAGCAGGAGGUCGACCACUUUCACCACUGGAAAGAGCUGGAGAUGUUCAUCAACAACUUUUUCCACAACGGAGUGUUCAUUCAUGACCAGAUGCUGUUCACAGACUUUGUCAGUGGCGUGGAGGACUAUCUGGCAGACAUGCACGAGUAUCACGGGCUCGAUGAUGAUGUGUUCGGAAAUCUUGAUGACUACGUCUACAGGCACUUCUUCGGAGAGGCAUACACAAAAGGCUAUGGGCCGAGCGGGUCGUUUGAAAGACCCGAGACAGACUCAAAGGAGGCGUCGCGGUCAAAGUAUCAACAGCGUAAGCAGCAGAGAGCCAGAUCUCGACCACACAGUGAACGCAAGUGGAGCAGAUCAGGAAGAAACGCAGACAGACACAUGGCUGAUGUCAAAAUAGAACUGGGUCCAAUGCCGUUUGAUCCCAAAUACUGAAAAAAAUCUCACCUGUCUUAAUAUUAUAGUUGCAAUUUUUAUUUUGGGUUUUAUUUAGAUACAAAGUCUUUUUUUUUUUUUGUAAGUUUGCACAUUAUUAACUUUUAAAUGCUACUGAACGUCCUUGAGCUGUUUUGUGUUUAGUGAAUUAAUCAUUAUUAGGGUUGAAUGAAAGAUGUGGCAUAUGUUAUGUCAUCUGCACAACAUGAGAGAGAUGUGUGAUAAUGUUAGGAUUUCCUGUUAAAACACCACUGUUACUCAUCUUCAACUGAAGCACUUAUGUUCAAAAAAUAUUUAGCAGACAUUGUUAGUUGUGAAAUCAACUAUUUGUGCCAUGUUAAACAAAAAUGGAAAAAAAAAAACAGACAUGCUACAUUUAGGAUGUUUCCCUGUACAUUCAUAUAGUUGUUUUAAUUUGCUGCUACAAAGACAGGUUUGUGUGAUGUGGUUGUAAUUUUGCUUUCAGAGUUAAAAUGCUGUCUAACAUUCCACUCAAGUUUGUUUUAACUGGACCUGGCAGUUUUUAUUUUACUUUUACACGAAAGAGUGGGAAAAAACUGCUGGAAAAAAUAGUCAAAUUGAAUGAAUAAUGAAUCAAUCAUUUAAAAAAAAAAAAAACAACGCACAUUUGACACAUCUGAAAAAUG